AUGGAAAGUGCUUACAGCGUUCCUAGCUCCUAUGCUAGGGCCGUUGUCCAGCAGCGCCCCAAUAUAGAAAAGAUCCUUGUGACCGUAUGCCGCCAGUUGGCGAAGUUCGACAUCAACAAGGACCCAGAUGGAUUUGCCGGGCUUUUGAUGGAGACCCUCGGGGACGCUGAGGCCUGGAACAGCAACAAAGGAAUAAAAUUUGACGCAAAUAAUGAAGAUUCCAGCAACAGAGACUUCCACUCUAUUAUUACCGACUUAGAAAGAGAGGCUAUGGCUGAGAUUGUGGAGCGAAAUACAAUGUUGCUAGGCUUGGAUAAGAGAUCUGAUGAAUAG